AGGAGCCCCUUGCGGCAACAGCACUGCCUGCCCAGAAAAAUGCUGGAGGCUAGGUGUGGCCCCAGGCCUGGGGACCUGUUUUUCCUGUUUCCCGCAGAGUUCCCUGCAGCCCAGUCCAGGCGUGUGCAUUCAUGAGUGAGGAACCCGAGCAGGCACUGAGCAUCCUGACCUGGAGAGCGGGGGCUGGUCAGGUUCCAAACCUUGGAGGUUCCAGAUCCGGAUCCAAGUCAGCUGGCAACGAAAGCCCUGGUCAGGUGGCUGUGUCAGGUCCCCUAGGGGCGCUCCAGCCACAACCCUGAUGGCCUCACCCCUCCCUUCCCUGCAGGGCGAUGGCGGCAGACCUGGGCCCCUGGAAUGGCACCAUCAAUGGCACCUGGGAUGGGGAUGAGCUGGGCUACAGGUGCCGCUUCAACGAGGACUUCAAGUACGUGCUGCUGCCUGUGUCCUACGGCGUGGUGUGUGUGCUUGGGCUGUGUCUGAACGCCGUGGCGCUCUACAUCUUCUUGUGCCGCCUCAAGACCUGGAAUGCGUCCACCACAUACAUGUUCCACCUGGCUGUGUCUGAUGCACUGUAUGCAGCCUCCUUGCCGCUGCUGGUCUAUUACUACGCCCGCGGCGACCACUGGCCCUUUAGCACCGUGCUCUGCAAGCUGGUGCGCUUCCUCUUCUACACCAAUCUUUACUGCAGCAUCCUCUUCCUCACCUGCAUCAGCGUGCACCGGUGUCUGGGCGUCUUACGCCCUCUGCGCUCCCUGCGCUGGGGCCAGGCCCGCUACGCUCGCCGGGUGGCCGGGGCCGUGUGGGUGUUGGUGCUGGCCUGCCAGGCCCCUGUGCUCUACUUUGUCACCACCAGCGCACGUGGGGGCCGCGUGACCUGCCACGACACCUCGGCGCCCGAUCUCUUCAGCCGCUUCGUGGCCUACAGCUCAGUCAUGCUGGGCCUGCUCUUCGCGGUGCCCUUUGCCAUCAUCCUUGUCUGUUACAUGCUCAUGGCUCGGCGGCUGCUAAAGCCGGCCUACGGGACCUCGGGCGGCCUGCCUAGGGCCAAGCGCAAGUCGGUGCGCACCAUCGCCAUAGUGCUGGCUGUCUUCGCCCUCUGCUUCCUGCCCUUCCAUGUCACCCGCACCCUCUACUACUCCUUCCGCUCGCUGGACCUCAGCUGCCACACCCUCAAUGCCAUCAACAUGGCCUACAAGAUCACCCGGCCGCUGGCCAGUGCUAACAGUUGCCUUGACCCGGUGCUCUACUUCCUCGCUGGGCAGAGGCUUGUACGCUUUGCCCGAGAUGCCAAGCCACCCACUGACCCCAGCCCUGCCACCCCCGCUCGCCGCAGGCUGGGCCUGCGCAGAUCCGACAGAACUGACAUGCAGAGGAUAGAAGAUGUGUUGGGCAGCAGUGAGGGCUCUAGGCGGACAGAGUCCACACCGGCUGGUAGCGAGAACACUAAAGACAUUAGGCUGUAGGAGCAGAACGCUUCAGCCUGUGCAGGUUUAUAUUGGGAAGCUGCAGGGACCAGGGCUUGUGCAGAUUGUACGGUCUCCCCAGAUAUGGACCAUCAGUGACUCAUGCUGGAUGACCAAGGAAGCCAUGACCCCAUGCUCCGUCAUUUGACAGGGGCUCAGGAUAUUUGCUCUGUGGUCCAGAGUCAACUGUUCCCAUAACCCCUAGUCACCGUUUGUGUGUAUGAAUUGGGGGAAUUAAGUUUCAAGAAAGGCGAGAGUUAAGGUCAAUGACACCCCUGGCCUGACUCUCACGCAAGUAGCUGGCUGUACUGCCAAGGUACCUAGGUUGGAGUCUAGCCUAAUCAAGUCAAAUGGAGAAACAGGCCCAGAGAGGAAAGUGGCUUACCAAGGUCACGUACCAGAGUCUGUAGCUGAGCUACCUGGGGUGGCGGCCAAGUCACAGGUUGGCCAGAAAACCCUGGUAAGUAAUGAGGGCUGAGUUUGCACAGUGGUCUGGAAUGGACUGGGUGCCACAGUGGACUCAGCUCUAAGGAGUACCCCCAGCCCAAGAGAUGAACAUCUGGGGACUAAUGUCAUAGACCCAUCUGGAGGCUCCCAUGGGCUAGGAGCCAGUGUGAGGCUGUAACUUAUACUAAAGGUUGUGUUGCCUGCUGAGCUGUGCCUUAUUGUGUGCUUGGGGGAUGAGGAUAUGGUGGGGAAGCUUUCACCAGCCACACAAGGGUCCUUUCUCCAACCCAUUCCCUUCUGCCACCUACCUUCUCACUAGCUGUCUCAGGAGUAGUCUCCUUUCAGGGAUCCUCUCUCAAGACCCCAGAUCCUCUCUCUAGACCCCACUUUAAAGCCAAUUGGCUUCUGUGCCUGACUCUGUGCUGAGCACAGAGAGAAGUCAAGUGCAGUCCCAGUCCUUGAGAUUUCCCAGUUUAGGUGAUGGCCAGUCAUGUGCUGAUAAAUGUUAAACCAUUUAACUGGAGCUCUGAUUUAACUGGGAACCCCUUCUUUGUAGAACUGCCCAGUUUCAUGAUGCAAAAACUCUUAUGGCCGAAUUCAAACUGUAAACAUGAUGUCCGCUUCCUUGUAAAA